AUGGCUACAACCACCACUCCGGCGACUCACGUUGUCAACUACGUUCGCCGACCUGGACUUGGCACCAGUGGCCAGGCGAUCAGGAUCCGCUCCAACUAUUUUGAGGUCACGCAGCUACCCAACAAUAUAAUCCACCAGUACGAUGUCACCAUCACCCCUGAUGUGCCUCCUCCCGUCAACCGCAAGAUCUUUCACCAGGUCGCGACCUCCUAUGGUGCCUCCCACUUGAAUGGUGCUCGAGCAGUCUACGAUGGUCGCAAGAACAUAUUCUCUGCUCGCGCCUUUGCCUUUGAAAGCCAUACUUUUGAGGUCACACUCGCCAGCGACGUUGCCAUGGCUCUUAACCCGGCGCGCCCCCCACCAAAGUUCAAAGUCAAGAUCAGAAAGGCAGCAUGCAUCAACCUCGAAGAGCUUCACAGAUUUCUGAACGGACGUACCUCCUUGACCAACAACUGCCUCACUGCCAUCAUGGCCCUGGACGUGCUGAUUCGUCACCAGCCAGCCAUGCUUUCUGCGACAGUCGGUCGGUCCUUCUAUACCCCUGUUGGCAGUCAAGCCCUUUCCGGUCCUUUGGAUGUCUGGCUAGGUUAUUACCAGUCCGCUCGUCCUACUCUCGGCAGGAUGAUGAUUAACAUGGAUGUCUCGGCCUCCGCCUUCUUCCGCCCUGGUCCACUGCUCGAUAUGGUCGCCAAGAUCGCGAAUGUACAACGCGUUGAUGACCUGCGCCGUACAUUUCCUCCCAUCAAUUGGAGGGCGAUUGAAAAGGUCAUUAAGAGUCUCCGAUUCACCGUGAACCAUCGCCGUAAUGUCAAGAGAUCCUUCAAGAUCCUCGGCCUGACAACAACCGCGGCAAAGGACACAAAGUUCAUGCAGACGAUCCGAAGCACCAGCGAAGCUGCUGCACCAGAGGCGCAAGUUGAGACUGAUGUCGUUACCUACUUCAAGCAGGCGUACAACAUCACCAUCAACUUCCCUAUGCUUCCUUGCGUCAAAGUGGGCCCGUCCAUCGCCCUGCCAAUUGAGCUGUGCUUCGUCCUUGAAGGCCAGCGGUACUUGAGGAAGCUUGACAAGGUCCAGACAGCCGAGAUGAUCAGGUUCAACAGCCAACCUCCCCAGGCACGCUUCAACAAAAUCAAGGAUGGUCUCGAGAUCCUUAGGUACAAUGAUAACGAGUUCCUCAAGGACUUUGGCAUGAAGGUCUCCAACGAGAUGGUUCAGAUCAACGCCCGUGUCCUUCCGGCACCCACUGUCUGCUACCAUAGCCAGUCUCAGAAUGCCAAUUUUGUCCCCCGCGAUGGUGCAUGGAAUCUGAGGGGCAUGAAGGUUUUCGAUGGCAGGACUCUCAAGUUAUGGGGUAUCGUCGUCUUUGGCACAGAGAGAGACUGCCCCAGGCCUCUCGUCAAUGGGUUUAUUCAAGAACUCAUUGUGUCUUGCACAGAGACAGGCAUGAACAUCCCCAACAAGCAUCCCCUGAUCAAGUACUCUAACCCACAUGGAAAUAUCGAUGCCGACCUCUUGAGCGUUUAUCAGCAGAUAGGCAAUGAAGCCUUGCAGACAAACGACAAGGCCAAUAGUCUGCCACAGCUGUUGGUCUGUAUUCUUCCGAACAUUGGUGUCCCCCUUUAUGCUAGCAUCAAACGCGUCACCGACACGUCCCUUGGCGUCGCUUCUCAGUGUGUACAGAGAAGUCAUAUCCGCAUGCCCAAGAAGUCAUACUGCGCCAACGUUUGUCUAAAGAUCAACGCCAAGCUCGGUGGAACCAACCAGCGUCUCGCCAAGAACAUGAUGCCUUUCAUGAGCGAACCCGCUCUCAUUUUGGGCGCCGAUGUCUCCCAUCCUCAACUAGGUGACACCACCCACCCGUCGAUCGCCGCUCUGGUUGGGUCAGUAGACGCACAUGCUGCGCGCUAUGCGGCGACAGUCCGCGUUCAAGCGGCGAGAACAGAGAUGAUCGCUGACCUAAAGGGCAUGGCUGUAGAGAUUUUGAAAAGUUUCUAUAAAAGCUGUGGUCAGAAGCCAAAGAAGAUUAUAUUCUACCGCGAUGGCGUCUCCGAGAGCCAGUUUGCAGAGGUACUCAAGAGCGAGCUCACUAGCUUGAAGGCCGCUUGCGCGUCAUUGGAGCAGGGAUACAAUCCCAAGAUCACAUUUGUCGUCGUCCAGAAACGCCAUCACACUCGCUUCUUCCCGGUUCACCCCAGCAACUGCGACAGAACAGGAAACUGCAAGCCAGGAACUGUGGUCGACCAAGGGGUUGUCCACCCCUUCGAGUUUGAUUUCUAUCUCCAGAGUCAUGCCGGUAUUUUGGGCACCUCCCGCCCUGCGCACUACCACGUGCUGUUCGACGAGAACAGGUUCACCUCAGAUGCGCUGCAGGACCUGACUUACAAACUGUGCCAUCUGUACGCUCGCUGCACCCGAGUCGUCUCGUACGCGCCGCCGGCCUAUUAUGCACACAUUGUUGCAGCUCGAGCUCGGUUCCAUCUUCCUGGUUGGAGCGAUGACAAUACUUCUUCCGAGGCUGUCGCUCACACAGUGAGCGCGUACCCUUCUGUCAAGCCCAACCUCGCGAAUGUUAUGUGGUUUAUUUGA